AUGACGUCCGCAACCUCUUCCAACAGGCCUGACAUCGUUGUCGUCGGCGCAGGCAUUGUCGGGUCUGCUCUCGCCUACUCGCUCGCCAAGUCCGGCCGCAAAGUAGCCCUGCUCGAACGCGACUUUGACGAACCUGACCGUAUCGUCGGAGAGCUGCUUCAACCUGGCGGUGUUCGAGCACUCUCGAGGAUGGGCAUCGUCGACACCCUCGAAAACAUUGAUGCUGUACCCGUCGAAGGCUACCACGUGUUCUACGGCCCUCGAUCGGUACCCAUUCCAUACCCACAGGAAAAGUCAGACGAGGCCGGCAGAGGCGUCGUCAGCAAGAGUGGCAAGGUGGAAGGCCGCAGUUUCCACCAUGGCAAGUUCGUACAGUCAUUACGCAAAAAGGUGCUAGGUCAGCAGAAUGUGACGCCGUAUGAGGCCACCGUCCGAGAUCUACUCAAAGAUCGCGAAGGCAAGGUGGUCGGCGUAAGCGCCACAUGGAAGAAGGCGCCAGAGGGCGAGGCCGAGGCGUUCGACCUGCGAGCCCCUCUCACCAUCGUCGCCGAUGGCUGUUUCUCCAAGUUCCGACGCACGCACGGUAGCUCGAUCCAGCCCAUGGUCCGAUCCAACUUCGUCGGUCUCGAGCUGCACGACGCACCCCUGCCAGCACCGCAUCACGGCCACGUCGUCCUCUCCAAGCAUGGGCCUGUUCUGCUCUACCAGAUCGGCACCCACUCCACACGCAUUCUCAUCGACGUCGCCGGCGAAAAGCUGCCCUCCGUCGCCAAGGGCGAUCUGCAAAAGCACGUCAACGAAAACGUCAUCCCGCAACUCCCCGAGCAGCUUCGCGAAUGCGUCCAGGCCGAGAUGGCCAAAGGUCAACGUCUACGCAGCAUGCCCAACUCGUUCCUCCCACCAAGUAUGCAAGGUCAAUCCGACUCGGCAAAGGGUGUCAUUGUUGUUGGAGACGCUAUGAACAUGCGGCACCCGCUCACCGGCGGUGGAAUGACCGUAGGUCUCUGGGACGCAGUCCACCUCACCGAAGCACUUGGCGGUUCUCACUGGGCUCCGCUCUCCGGUCCCAACCCCCCACGCGCACCUUUGGACCUCAGUAACUGGUCUUCCAUCAGACCAGCCCUUCGUUCAUGGCAUUGGAGCAGAAAAGGUCUCUCUUCGGUCAUCAACAUCCUCGCCCAAGCACUGUACAGUUUGUUCGGUGCAGACGAUGCCAACCUCGAAGUGCUGAGGGAAGGCUGUUUCAAGUACUUUGAGAUGGGUGGAGAAUGCGUCAACGGGCCUGUAUCCUUGUUGUCUGGGUUGGCGCCGAAACCGAUGCUCCUCGUGGGGCAUUUCUUCGCCGUAGCGGUGUACAGCAUCUACGCGUUGUUCGCCCAUCCCAAAUUCUACGAGGCGGAGGGCAGGACGAGGAAACCAGGCCUGCUCGAGUGGCCCGGAUUGGUGUGGAGGAGCAUCAUGGUGUUCUACACCGCAUGCAUCGUCCUGCUCCCCGUGGUGUUUACCGAGAUGAAGAGCAACAUCCCCAGACUCAACCCAGUGGCAUCGACAGGGACGGGUAACGGUGGGAAGUUGAACAAAGGUGGAUUGGUGAGGACGGAUAACUUUGCUCUCGUCAGCGCGUCCAUCUUGAUCGUUGCGACAGUCAUGGUUUGGGGCAACGCGAGGGAUCCAGGAACCGCGAGAAACUUGUCCAACUGGCUGGUGUUUCCCAAAGUAGCCGCCGCUGGAACGUCCUAG